UAACGCUGUUCCUUAGCUACCUACCUGAGGACAGGCUGGCGGUUGACGUAACUGUCACAGACUGAAAAUGUCUCACAAUGAUGAGGGAUAUGUGGUGCGGAUUCGAGGUUUACCAUGGUCAUGCACACAAGAAGAAGUUGCCUCCUUUUUCUCUGAUUGUGACAUUGUAGGAAAAGUGAACGGGGUAUGUUUCACUUACUCCAAAGAGGGAAGGCCUAGUGGAGAGGCCUUUGUCGAGCUGAAAACGGCAGAGGAUUUUAAGAAUGCGUUGGCUAAGGACCGCAAAUACAUGGGCCAUCGGUAUAUUGAAGUGUUCAAGUCCAACCGCAGCGAGAUGGACUGGGUCCUGAAGCGCUGCGGGCCCACCGACUACGACAGCAGCAGUGGUUGCACGCUGCGCCUGCGAGGCCUGCCCUUUGGCUGCAGCAAGGAGGAGAUUGUGCAGUUCUUCGCAGGGUUGAAAAUCGUUCCAAAUGGGAUAACAUUGCCGAUGGACUACCAGGGGAGGAGCACAGGGGAAGCCUUCGUGCAGUUUGCCUCAAAGGAGAUAGCAGAAAAGGCUCUGGGGAAACACAAGGAAAGAAUAGGGCACAGGUACAUCGAGAUAUUCAAGAGCAGCCGCAAUGAGAUCCGGGCGUACUAUGAGGUGCCCCGGAGGAUGAUGGGACAGCGUCCGGGCCCGUACGAUCGCCCCAUAAUGGGUCGCGGUGGGUUCUUUGGUCCCGGCCCAGGGAGAGGUGGAGCAGUUCUGGACCAGAUGCGUAGUGGCGGUGGCUACAGUGGUGGAUAUGGAGGCUUUGACAACUAUAAUGGCUUCAACAACUACUGCUUUGGCAAUGGCAUGUUUGAGGAGCGAGGAAGGGGAGAUCGAAGCAGAGCCAGCAGCAGCAGCCAUGGCUACGGCGGAGGGGGCGACUCUGGUUCCAGCUUUCACAGCGGACACUUUGUGCACAUGAGGGGCCUUCCAUUCCGAGCCACUGAGGCCGACAUCGCCAACUUCUUUGCGCCCCUUCAUCCCUUGCGCGUGCGCAUCGACGUGGGCCCCAACGGCAAGUCUACAGGAGAGGCCGAUGUGGAGUUCGCGUCGCACGAGGAUGCCGUGUCAGCGAUGUCAAAGGACAAGAAUCACAUGCAUCUAUUGACAGCGCAGUGCGUGGACAUGUGUGGACAGAACAUGGCUGUAGUGGUUGCUAGAUGUUUAAGGGCAACAUUGCAUGAGGAAAUGAAACAGGAAAGUUUUGCCGCAUUCAUCCCAAAUUUAAUCAGGAAUUUGGUGUAGGAUUAUAUAAUGUAGCAAGUGAACUCUGUGGAAUAUCCAGUAUGGACAGGUGCAAUAAAAAAUGAAAGUGGGAUCAUGUUUACAAUGUAUUUUUGACACUGCAGUAAUAAUGUAGCGUUGUAGUGUACAAUGUAGUGUUUUAGUUGUAUGGCCAUUUGUAAUAAGUAAGUAAGUACUAAGGGUUUACUUAAUGGCCAUUUCAAUUAAGGGUUACUUUUCUC